AUGACUACUUUGCGAAAUUUCCAGAACGAGAUUGACGAGAUCCAACAUCGGGAACUCAUCAAACAAAGAACCCAGUACCACACGGAACAAGGAAAGGAGAAGGGUCCGAGAAACGCUGUCGACAAGUCUGUGUCUGAGUCUAAAGCAAACAAGAAUGGGGACAUAGUAGUAGAUCCAUCGGAACCCCAAAUUGAUAUCGAUGCACCCGACACAUCCGACCUGGAUGAACGAAUACAGGGUCUAUUACUAUCCGAUACGCUAUCUGACAAAGAACGAGCUCGAGAUAUUCUCACUGCUCUGCUGACACGCCGUCGAGGAGAGUACAUUCUCCGAAUAGGUGACCAUCCGCCCAACUCUAAACUUUUUGCCGGCGAGUCGUUAGCGGAGAUCGAUGGCUGGUACGGUACGCCUUGCACCGCGCAGGACCUGGUUGUUUUACAAAAAGAGACCAGUCGGAUAGUAGACGACCUUGGCGGGCAGACUACCAUUUUGUUCGAAUCAAAGGCAGAGCACCCUCGAGCUGCGCUGCUAUUACGCUUGCCUCCGGCAGAUGUUUCUCUCACUCCGGAAGUCCGGUGCGCCGUUGUGGGUAAUGUGGACAGCGGAAAAUCUACAACGUUAGGUGUUCUAACGCGAGGCGCGCUCGACGAUGGUCGAGGGCGUGCACGAGUCAGCCUCUUUCGGCACAAACACGAAAUAGAGAGUGGGCGGACAUCCAGCGUGGGCAUGGAAAUUCUAGGUUUCGAUGUAUCAGGAAAACCUAUACUUCCCCCAACCGCACACUCAAAUGACCUCGACGUCAUCCGACGCGAGAAGAUGGGCUGGGAGGAUAUUUCCGCCCGAGCAGCGAAAAUUGUAUCAUUCAUCGGGGCCAAUGCGGGGUUGAUUGGCAUGUCGAAAGAACAUUUAGCGAUUGCCCUGGCUUUGAGCGUACCAGUCGUGGUGUGUAUAACGAAGAUCGAUAUGACGCCUCCAAAUGUUCUGGCAAAAACUAUUGAGCAAGUAUGUAAGAUCAUGAAGAGUCCAGGUUGUCGGAAAACACCCGUAUUUGUCAAGUCGGCCGAGACUGCGGUGGAGUUGCGUAUGUUCCUGAAUCUGCUACCUGCAAGUGAGAGCGACAGCGAGAAGUUCGCUGCUGAUCAACCAUUAGAGUACUCUGUCACCGAAAUAUGGUCUGUACCAUAUGUAGGGACAGUAGUCGAUGGCAUCUUGAACAGUGGGACCAUUAAGACGGGAGACACGGUCCUUCUUGGGCCUGACGCCAAUGGUAAUUAUCAGACAACAGUCAUCAAGAGUAUUCAGCGCAAACGUGCCCCGGUCGGUAGCGCCGAAGCCGGCCAGUGUGUGUCCUUAGCCUUGAAGCGUGUGCGGAAAGCCGCGGUUCGCAAAGGAAUGGUUUUGGUACACAAGACGGAUACAUUGCCAAGAGCUGUCCGAAGAUUCGAGGGGCAGGUUUUAAUACUAUAUCAUAACACUACAUUGCAGACAAACUAUCAGGCUAUGCUCCAUUGUGGGGCUGUGCGUCAGACCGUCCGCAUAGUCAGUAUGGAUCACCCCCAGGGGAUCCUACGAACAGGGGACCGUGCCACCGUGACAUUUGAGUUUAUCGCCCGCCCAGAGUUUAUCAAAGAGGGUAUGAAGUUAUUAUUCAGGGAGGGGAAGACCAAGGGGCUCGGCGUGAUUACCCGAUUAUUGUGA